CCAAGUCGAUACACGGAAGCUUAGCUUUGUGUUUGCGGAUAGCCUGCAACAGUUAGUAGCACGGUGUUUUGUGCUCUCAAAAUUGCAUUUUUAAACAAAGAAAAUAUGAGUUGGAGGUCGAUCCGUGUCCACAGGAUUUUAUACGGCGGAUGUGAAGAAAUCCUUUGAGCAAAGUGUGCCCUAGGCACCAGGUUUAGCCAUUAGCUGUUAGCAUUGUGCACCUGUCACCCUCAAAGAUACCUUUGCUUUCCUCUGCUACUUUCUCCUCCAGCAUGCUCUCGUCUGACAAAUAGCACCGCUACUACCACCUGUGUUUACCCGGACUCCUUUAACACUACACCGAGGCCAAAUGCCCGAGCAGGGUCCCAGGAUGAACGGCUUCUCCCUGGGCGAGCUGUGCUGGCUCUUCUGCUGUCCGCCCUGUCCCAGCCGCAUCGCCGCUAAGCUGGCCUUCCUCCCGCCCGAGCCCACCUACUCCAUGCACACGGAUGCUAACGGGGCCACCAACCUGCACCUGACAGAGCGGGCGGACUGGCAGUACUCCCAGAGGGAGCUGGAUGCUGUGGAGGUGCUAAGCACCAGAAGCACCCGAGGGAACCGCGUCUGUUGCAUGUUCGUGCGCUGCGCGCCCAACAGCCGCUACACGCUGCUCUUUUCUCACGGGAAUGCCGUGGACCUGGGCCAGAUGUGCAGCUUUUACAUUGGACUAGGCUCCAGGAUCAACUGUAACGUGUUCUCUUAUGACUAUGCGGGCUACGGAGCGAGCAGCGGUAGACCGUCUGAGAAGAACCUGUACGCGGACAUCGAGGCCGCCUGGCAGGUGCUCCGGAACAAGUACGGUGUGGCCCCAGAGAACAUCAUCUUGUACGGACAGAGCAUUGGCACUGUGCCCACCGUAGACCUGGCCGCGCGGUACGAGUGUGCAGCUGUCAUCCUGCACUCCCCCCUCAUGUCCGGACUCAGGGUGGCCUUCCCAGACACGCGCAAGACGUACUGCUUCGACGCCUUUCCCAGUAUCGACAAAGUGUCCAAGGUGGCGUCCCCGGUGCUGGUCAUCCACGGGACGGAGGACGAGGUCAUCGACUUCUCCCAUGGGCUUGCCAUGUAUGAGCGCUGUCCACGUGCCGUCGAGCCUUUGUGGGUCGAGGGGGCGGGACACAACGACAUCGAACUCUAUGCGCAGUACCUGGAAAGGCUAAAGCAGUUCAUCUCCUUCGAGCUGUCCACAUCAUGAUGAUGAUGUUCAAUGCGCCAAAAAUGUCUUGCGGCAGCGGAGUGGGGUGUAGCCUGCAUUUCAAGCCUGGAUCAUAGUGCUGCCCGCUGCUAAACUCACUCCAACGUGGUUCAGUAUGUCCCCUGUGUCCCCUUUACCUGUCUCACUGCUGUCCCCAAAAAUGUCAAAUUGUCUCUUUCCCCAUUUGUCCCACUUCUGUUCCCACCAUAGCCUGUAUAAAGAAGUGGACUAAGGGAGUGCGACUUUACCCAUAGCAUUCGACUCCAGUCAAAUGACAAUGAUCACGAGGCUAGCAGGUACACAAGCAAAUUUGGAGAAGAUUUCCAUAUUAGUAAUUGGAUUUUUUUUUUUAAUGGACAAACAUAGUGAAAUAAAAACACCAGGAUGAUGUGGCGUGACAACAUUUUAAGCCCAAAAUGAUGAGUCGAUGGAGCCAGAAGCACCCUCAUGCUCACUUCCUUUUUGGAACACAGCGGCUAGCUAUGUCCGUUUAUAUAUACAGUCUAUGUGUCCCCCCAUUCUCACUCCAACUAUUUCAGAAAAUUUUUUUGUCUACGGGACAUGCCUGUACUGUAGUUGUUGAUCUUGUUUUUGUUAGUUUUUUUUAUAAAGAGGUCUAUUUCUAACUCCCUCCAGAAACCUAGAGAUGGGAUGCAAGUGCUACUGUUUUUUUUUAGUUUUUUUUUUAUGGGUCCUUAUUUUCAAAAUAGAUUAUGGUCCAGAAGCUGAUUGGUUGUUCGUACUGCCACAGAGGUAGUUGCAAUCCUUUUGUUUUUUAUACAUAUAGUUCUUUUUGGCAAAGUUUUAUGUAGAGCUGUUCUGAUAUGGAUUUAACGUGGAUACCGUCGUUUUCAAGGUACCGGCAAGUAUCUAAGCCAAUUCAUUAUACCGAUACAAUAUUUUUCAUGACCGAGGAACCAUACAUGCAAUCUUCAUGGUGUUGUGGCUAAUGCUACUGUUAAUACCCAGAACUGCGAUUGUGGAGUUAUUUUUUACACACUGACCUUGGCGUCGGACUGGUACUCAGCAGGUUCUCGGCAGCUUCCCUGAGCCAAAGUAUUGGAAUGGAAUGAAGAAAUUUUAAUAAUUUUUUGUAAACAAAUAUUUUUGUUUUUGUUUUCUAUGUGUAGUGGGGUUCAAAAGUGAAGUGAAACACAGAUUCAAACUGAAGGAGUAACUAAUAGUUCCAUCUCAUCCCUCGAGCUACACGGCGGUCAUCCGGGAUUCAUAGAACCAUGGUUAGUUUUAAUGAGUACGACUUUAUGAACUGCCUUAUUCCCCAAGAAAGUCCCAGACCAACCUAACUGAGGAUUUCUGACCAAAUACAUGGGGUUUUCUGACAUAACACUAAUACGAAUUUGUAACUUCUGAAGCCUCCAGACAAUUUUACGUUUUAUGCCUGUAUUUUGUAUUUUUUAUAGUGAAGAAAUCUCGCUUUUGCACCAGAUUUGAUUUUGUGCGUUCAUGUAGUUGUUGAGUUGCACUUUGAUUGUGCAGAUUAAUAUCAGGUAAUGGUUAUUUUCUAAGUUUUGUUCUUUUUAAAUGUGUAUUGACUGUUUUAAUUGAUCGAGUACUUUUUUGUGUGAAUUUUUUAGAUAUUUUUGUUUUCAAGAUUGAGCUCAAGGUGAAAUCUCUUACAGUUUAGGUUAGGGCCCAUAUGAUUUCAAGUACCGUACUCAUUUCAGCUACACUCCACAUACUGGCUAGCCAUAUAGCUCUCUGUUUGUGUUCUGUGCUGAGAAAAUCUAUCUUUAUCCGUAUUACUCCAUAGCAACCAGUCCCAGGGGGUAAGCUCUUUGCAACGCAGCAUGUCCUGUCUUAAGAAUUCUUUUACCAAAACAGUCAGGAUGGUGGUUGCAUGCUCCAUAUCUUUGCAACCUUUUGGAUAAUCUAAACAAAAAACUCAGCAACUGGCAGCUUUGAAAGACCAGAUUUUUGCCAUGGUUUGCUAUGAUUGAAAUUAGAAAAAGUAAUACCAGAUGUACCCGCUAAUGUGUGUAGAAAAUGAAAGAAAUUGUAGGCAUGCAUAGUAAUCACACUGGCACAUGAAUAUAUUAGGAUAUUACUAUCAAAACCUGUUCAGUGAGCAGAUUUUUUUGUGCAGAUGGUUGCAAUGUAAUUAACUAUGAUGAAGGAACUAUAGAAUGUAUCUUAACUCAACUUGAAUUGUUUAUGUUAAUGACAAAAAAACAAAAAAAAAUCACUGAAUUUUCCAGUUAUAAUAAUGUGGCUGUGAGCGUUCAAGAUGUAUGCGAAAAAGUAUUUUUAAAGAGCCCAUAUUACUCUACAUGGAGUUGCUUUUUUUUUUAAUUCACACAUUUAACACACAAAUGCUGCAAAACAGAAAACACUAUUCCAUUUUGCGAUGCCAUGUGUCCACUCCAUUAAUCUUCACUAGAAUCAUUUGGAUCAUUUCAACCCUGGAAUUGCCAAUCUUUCCUAAACAAAACAUAAAAGUUAGAUGUUAAAUUGAAAACUACUGCUUCAUGACAUCACAAGGUGGAACAGAGCAUUGUGAGCUUUGAAGAUGUAAACAGGCAAAUAAUAAAGGGUUAAUCAAGCGUGUGAAUGAAACAAAACAUAACUCCAUUCUAACAUUCACUCAAACCAGGCAGAAGUAGACUUAUUAGACUGCAUAACUAUUGCUGCCGAGCCAAUACUACAGAAAGUCAUAUGGCUAGCCAGGUUACUACUACUACUACUACACACACUACUCAACAACGUGUCUGAAUCUGACCGUCGGAUGCUUGAACAUUUGUAAAACUGUUAAUAUUCUAUACAAAGCCUUAUGUUCGGACCACUUUUCAUGAAGGAGCUUUUGGACUGACGACGAUGACUACUACUUCUAUUACUACUGCUACUAUUACUACUACUGCUGCUGCUGCUGCUAACCCUGUCUCUCACAUAUGGGACCGACCUGAGUGAGGAAGACAUCUGGACACUCUGGCCUUGGGCACGUCCACUGGUCCAAACUCGAAUCAAUGUGAAUAAUGACCUGUCACAAGGCUGAAGGAUGGUAGAUGUUCGAGCAGAAGAAUGUUCACUGCAAAAAAAUAAAAAAUGUAUAUCUUUGGGUGUUAAAAUGAUUUGAAUUCAGAUACUAAUCUAGUUUGAGUAGAUUCUGGUUGGACCCACUCAUGAAUUCCACAGAACUUCAGAGUCGGUCAUCUUAAAAUUAUGGUUCUGGUGGAAGCACCGUCCAAUGCUUUUUUCCACUUAAAUGUUUUUGCUUUGCCUGGAAUUCCUCACAGGGGUAUUGAAGCUUUCUGUCUUCAUGGAGACCAAACUAGACCAAGUUACAGUUCAGAUUUGUGGAGAAGCGACCCCGCUCACACUCCGAAAGCAUGUUUUUCUGGGUAUAUUUGAGCUGUAUUUGAAUAAAUGCAAGGUACAACCUGUUUAAUGUCAUACUGUGGAACUUUCCAGGCAGAUUAAUGGCAUAUCCAUAGAAACAAGCAGUUGAUGGACCUCCAAUCAAAAAGUUACACAGUGCAAGUUGAAAACAGAUGAAAAAAGCAUAAAAAUCAUUAUAUAGAUUUGAAAUUUUCUAUCAGUAACCCAAAUAUCCCAACACAAAAAUGCUAUGUCAAAACUACUCAAAUCAGUAUUGUCCAUUGAACUCAUUUUAACUCUUGCAGUGUUGAUGACGACAACUGUGGGCUGUUUCAUCUGGUCAACCCUCACUUGUCUAUGCAUUCUAACAUUCUAAUGCCAAUGUUUGAUUUUGAUACUGAGAUUUUUUUUUUAACUAUUUUUCAAUGUGAAUGUUUGAACGGUUCUAUACUCGUGCUGUACCCGGAGAAGAGAUGGUGUGUCUUUAUGCAAUGGUGCCGUAGAUGUGGGUCUCGUUGGACUAAAGCCUUAAGAUGCUGUGAUGAUGAAGAUGAUUGUCCUGUCACUGUUCUGGCAGCUCGGUGAUGUUUGAACUAAUAAAGAAUGCAUGAAGUA